UGUUCACGGCAACCGGAAGUAGUUGGGCAAGCGGCCUGAAAAUUUUUUGCUGCGAAGGUUCCUUUUUCAAUACGGUUCAGCCGGAGAUGUCCAAACUGAAAAUUGGAUAGAAAUGGAUAUCCAGAAGGACUUGCAGCCUCCAAAGCAACAACCCAUGGUGUAUAUUUGUGGAGAAUGUCAUACUGAAAAUGAAAUUAAAGCAAGAGAUCCAAUCCGAUGCCGAGAAUGUGGUUACAGAAUAAUGUACAAGAAGAGAACAAAGAGAUUGGUUGUUUUUGAUGCCCGGUGAAAUUCAACAUAUUUCUUAAAUUUACACCGAAAAGAUUUGCAAGUGUUUCUGUCCAGCCUUGUUUCUCAUGUAAAUUUCAGAUUGGAAGUCUCUCUUUUUUUGUUGUUGUUAUUUCUGACAUUCAUCAAAAAGUAUUUACAAGAUGUUCUGUUUUAUUUGAUGGAAAUAAAUUGCUUUACAUAAUUGA